AUGAAGGUGACCGCUCUCUUGCAGACGGCCCUCCUGGCCACCGCGGCCAUGGGCGCGUGUGUGCAGGAACGUGCCGACGACGACCUCACCGAGUCGCCCGAGCUGCGCGACUUGUUCGAGCAGGCCAAGAACCGGGUCCUGGAGGAGCUCGGCGCCAAUGCGAAGAAGUUGCGCAGCCGCGGUGGGAAGCCCAAGUGCACGGCCGACAACCUCAUCUUCCGCAAGGAGUACGGCUCCCUCUCCACCUCAGAACGGCAAGCCUACGUCAACGCGGUCAAGUGCCUCCAAAAGCUCCCCCCGCGCACCCCGGCGUCCGUCGCGCCGGGCGCCAAAUCCCGUUUCGACGACUUCGUCGUAACCCACAUCCAACAAACCCUCUCCAUCCACUACUCCGGCGUCUUCCAGCCCUGGCACCGCUGGUUCGUCUACCAGUACGAAAAAGCCCUCCGCGACGAGUGCGGCUACACCGGCUACCAACCCUACUGGGACUGGCCCCUGUACGCCCGCGCCCCGCAGGACUCCCCCCUCUUCAACGGCGACCCUUACUCCCUCGGCGGCAACGGCGAGUACACGCCGCACGACGGCCCCGUCAUCGUCCCGCCCCCCGGCGUCGGCGGCGGUAACAUCCAACUACCCCCUGGCGAAGGCGGCGGCGUAGUCACGACCGGCCCCUUCGCCAACAUGACCGUCAACCUGGGUCCCGUGGGCGGACUGGCCGACACCGCUCCCGGCCCGGAUGGUGGCUUGGGCUACAACCCGCGCCCGCUCAAACGCGAUCUCGGCGGGGCCAUGAACACCCGCUACGCCAACUACACCACGGUCCUCAACAUGCUCCGCACGCCCUCGGUCGACGCCUACCGCCUCAUCUCGGAGGGUGUCCCCUACACCAUUGAGAUCGGCCCGCACGGUGGGAUCCACUACACCAUCGGCGGCGACCCGGGCGGUGAUCUCUUCACGUCCCCCGGAGACCCGGCGUUCUGGGUUCACCACGGACAGAUGGACCGAUUGUGGGCGGUGUGGCAGGCGUUAGACCCGACGACGGCGCGGAAGCGGUACUCGGAGCUGGGACAGGGGAAUUAUGCGCAUAUGACGUGGGCGAAUGACCCGGCGUCGCGGUUGGUGAAUAUGUCGGAUACAUUGGAUAUGGGGUAUGCGGGGGAGUCGGCGGCGAUUUGGCAGGUGAUGUCGACUACGGGAGGGGAUUUGUGUUACUAUUAUUUGUGA